ACAGUCGUCUCCGUUACGUCCUUUUAAAAACCAUCACGAAGUUUAGUGUCAAAAAUGUUGCCCUGUUGUCUUACUACGUUCAAUGUUUCCCGUGGUAUCCCAAUUUUUAAUAUGUAUUUAUGAUUGGACAAAAUUUGCCUUUAUGUGUUAAGGAAACACUUACUAACACCUAGAGGUAGGUAACAGUUUCCAUGGCAACAUACUUACAGGCAACAUGGAGUUCCUACAGUGGAGUUGUCAUGAUGUUGCAAGAUGGAUUGAGUCUUUAGGAUUUCCACAAUACAAAGCAUGUUUCAUGGAGAACCUCAUCACUGGAAGAAAGCUAAUUUAUGUAAAUUGUAUCUAUUUGCCACGACUUGGAAUCACAGAUUUUAAAGACAUGCAGGUCAUCUCUGCUCGUGUGCGCGAGCUGCUGGGGAUCACAGAGUCCCUGUGGAGUCGCAGCAUCGCUGACCCUCCACGGGACAGCAUGGGGCUGUUCUUGGAGAAAAAGAGCCGGGCAGGUGAACGGGCGGACAGCCUCACCUACCAGCAGUUCCUGGAUGACAUGCGUCAGUGAGCAAGGGCCUGACAUGAAUCACAACAGUAAAGCAGCACAGCAAAAAACCAAGACAGUGUCAUUUCAUAUCGCCAACUGUCAGCUCAUGAUGCGACACUCGCAUGCAGACAUUAACACUUCCCACCAGCAAAAUGCUUGUCUGUUGUUGUCGGUUGGUGAAAUCAGGCAUUAGGUUUUUGAGCAGGUUACCAACAUGUGUACAGUCUGAAAUUCACUUCUGAAAACUUCUGGCUACUGGGUGAUCUCACAAACAGAAUGAAACAACAAAGACUGAGUGCAACACUUUUUUUCAUACAGGUAAUAUCAGUGACUUUGUCCACACACAUACAGCAUGAUAAACAGUUUAAAUAGCUCUUGCCGUUCCAGUUCUGGAUAACUAACCACUUAGGCUAUUCCUAUUGAUCUCAAGUGGAUGUGUUGUACCUGGGUGGAGCUAUUGAUCAGGAGUAGAAAUCCUCAGGGUAUAGGGUCAUUCUGUGGAUGAGAACGAACACCAAUUUGAAAGUGCCAGGAGUCUGCAAGUCCAAGUACUGCACCACUGUACUGUAAUAGACUUAUGAACAUAUAGGCCACUUUGCCAACUUGCACAAAAGGCCAUAGGAUCACUGCAGAUAGUGAUGGGUCGAGUGCCAAGUAGACCCGCAGGGAGCCAGGGCUUUCAGUUUCAGCCAACUCAACACUUUCUUGCCAAUAAUCUAUGUAAUACAUGCAGGAAUAUUCAGCUAUAGGCUGCUAUAUUUGGCUUUACACAGACCAGAUGUACCAUGCACCAAAGGUUUUAUCUAAAGGAAUGGAUGGAUUUUCAAUGAAAGUCUUGUGUAGGCCUGCACUGGGUGUUGUCUGACUUAUUUUUCAUCUCCUGUUAAUCUAAAUCUGAUAAACAUUUCUGUGCUUUAAAAAAAAAAACAAUUAAUUUUUAGAGAAUAUUAUAUGCCUACUGCAUUUUCGAGCAACAGAGUUCAAUCUACAUGAAUAAAUGAUGCCUGCCUGUGAGAUAAGCUGGGAGGCACUGCAUCUGUCUAUGCACACAAAUGGUCU